AUGUUGCUAGGUCUACUUCUUUUUGGCAUCGGACUUGCAGAUGCUAGGCCAUCUUCAGAUGGCAUCCUCGAGGAUCCUGGUCUCGCCCGAAGCGUACACUUGCACCAUCGGCGGAUCAAUGACACGAUACUUCCCAUACGACGAAACUGUCCCUUCAGUCCCUGGGAUGAGCUUUACAUAACCGAUUUCCUUCAAGAGCACUUCAAAGACCUAUCGACGACCGACCACUGCUGGAUUAUCAAGGGUGUAGCAGGACUACACGAGCUACUUCAGAGGAACAUCUCGGCUAACCCCCUACUCAACGUCACAAUACCGACUUGUAUAUCACUCAACGUUACCAGCAAAGGGAAUGCCUUUUCUAUUGACUUCUCAGAUGACACGUACAAAGUCAAUGGUGUCGAUGAGGAUGAGUUCGUGUUGUUGACCUACGUGCAUCUUGUGUGCAUGAUUGCAGCGUUCUUCUUCUGUUAUCCCGUCAUCUUAGUUCUAGCUUCAGCGCCCAACCUAUGCAUCAUGAUCGAUCGCGCACUUCAAGAGUCUACAAAAAGAAAGUUGCAACGAUGGCAGACAAUCUUCACGGUCCUCCUCUUCGCUCCACUAUCGAUCGCGGGAUUGAUAACCGGAAUAGUCGCCAUGGGAACCUCAGACCACGCAAGGACAGAGCACGGAAUCAUUGGUUACAUCACUAUCGGCCUAGCCGCAAUAUCAGUGCCCCUCUACCUCUACCAAAAGAGGCUCAGCUCCCGCCCGGAUCUAACCUUCUACAUGUACCGCCGCCUCAAGUUCUUCAACGCCCUCGACUUCCUCGUCUGCCAGGCCAUCCUGCUCAUCUCCGGCUUCGCCCUCCCAGACGGCAUCGACGACUUUGGCAUCAUGACGAUUUGCGGCACAAACACAAUCUCUUCGUCGUUGCUCUUCUCUCUGGGCAUGAUUGUGUCGUUUGUGUGGAACUGCGCCAUGGCUACGAUGACGGUGCAGUGGCUUCUCGAACGGAGGAUUCGGGGUGGGAGUCUGAUAGACAGGGCGCCGCCGUGGAUGCUUAAGAUACUGCGGAAACGGUCGGUUUCGGAUAUGACUAUUCAGACGUUCCAAGAGUCUCGUUGA